CCAAGAGAAGAAGAACAUUCCUUAGAAAACAGGAAAAAAGUGACGUGCUGUCUGUCGAGCACGUGCAGUUUGCAUUCAAACCUUUAAUAAAUUAAUAAAAGCGGGAAAGAAACCCGCCAACUGUUACCGGCAGCUGCUAUCGCCUGAAAUGACUGCAAAGACCGAGUCUGUCAGCAGCGUUGUUCCCAACGAUGAAGGAAAAGUGAAGUUCAAGAAAAGUGCCGAUGUUGCAUUCUACAGGCGACAGAUUCAGGGCCCCAAAUUUUCCCAUCAAGCCCUUCUGGAUACGCUGGUGCUCACAGAGGGGGGGGCUCAGUUUGAACUACUGCAAGCUGUUUCACAGACCAGGCUGCUGCUGUCUCUGUCAGCUCACAAGUCGGACUUUGUGAGGAUUCUCAUCGAUGAAGUCCUGCCCAUUAAGCCUCGGUACCGAGUCCCGGAUGUGAUCGUGGAGAAGCAGCGGAGUGAACAGCUGAGGGUGGAGAGGCAGACAGAAGACUCAGUCACCCUUUCUUGGUCUUCGGGGUGUCACCAGGUGCGAGUUUGGCGUUUCCCUUUCCGCCUGGAGGUCCUGUGUGAGCAGGAGGAGAUGGUCACUUUCAACUGUGAAGACAAACUGUGGUUUGAAAGUCUCCAGCGUCCUCCCAGCGAGCUCCAGGAAGAACAGACCAGCUCAUGGAGGGAGAGCUUCAGGGAGUUUGUGGAUGUCAAAGCCAACGGUCCCAGCAGUGUCGGCGCAGACCUCCGUCUCCAUGGGUUUAACCACGUCUAUGGUCUCCCCGAACACGCAGACGAGCUGCAGCUCAGAGAAACCCGAGGUGGAGAACCGUACCGGCUCUAUAACCUGGAUGUGUUCGCCUACGACUUGCACAGCCGGCUUGGCCUGUACGGCUCUGUCCCGCUGGUACUAGCCCAUAAAGCAGACAGGACUCUUGGUGUGUUUUGGCUGAACGCAUCAGAGACUUUUGUCCACUUGGAGUAUUCUUCCACUGACAUUCAGGAAGCCCCCCUGAUGAAGAGGAGACGGACUCCCCCACACACGGACGUCCACUGGCUGUCAGAGAGUGGCGUGAUCGACUGCAUGGUUCUUCUCGGGCCUGGCCCACACCAGUUCUUUAAGCAGUAUGCUGAUCUGACAGGGUACCAGGCGCUGCCCCCACUGUUUGCCCUGGGGUACCACCAGAGCCGCUGGAAUUACCGGGACGAGGCAGACGUGAAGGCCGUGGAUGCGGGUUUCGACGUCCACCGGAUCCCCUACGACGUCAUGUGGCUGGACAUCGAACAUACUGACGGGAAGAGAUACUUCACAUGGGACUCUGCCCUGUUUCCUGACCCAGUGGGCCUGCAGCGCCACCUGCAGGCGAGGGGGAGGAAGAUGGUGGUGAUUAGCGACCCCCACAUCAAGACCGACCCCUGCUGGGCUCUGUACCGGGAUGCUCGAGAGGGAGAGCAUUUCAUCAAGGACAGGGAGGGCCAAGUCUACUGUGGCUCCUGCUGGCCUGGUGAGUCAUCUUACCUGGAUUUCAGCAGUUCACGAACCCGAGCUUGGUAUUCUAGAUGCUUCAGCCUGGAGAAGUACAAGGGAUCCACUCCAUCUCUGUUUGUGUGGAACGACAUGAACGAGCCGUCGGUGUUUGGUGGGCCGGAGCAGACCAUGCCCAAGGAUGCGGUACAUCACGGCGGCUGGGAGCACCGGGACUUGCACAAUCUCUAUGGCUUUUACCAGCACAAGGCCACAGUGGAGGGUCUCAUCACUCGCUCAGGGGGCUCAGAGCGACCCUUUGUCCUCUCGCGCUCUUUCUUUGCCGGCUCGCAAAGAUUUGGAGCAGUCUGGACAGGGGACAAUGUAGCCACCUGGGAGUACCUGAGGAUCUCUAUUCCCAUGGUUUUGUCCCUGAGCCUGGCCGGUGUGGCCUUUUGUGGAGCGGAUGUGGGGGGGUUUGUUCAGGAUCCUGAGCCGGAAUUGUUGGUGCGCUGGUACCAGGCAGCGGCCCUGCAGCCAUUUUUCCGCGGACAUGCUGCCAUGGAGACGAAGCGCAGGGAACCCUGGCUCUUUGGGGAAGAAGUCACUGCAGUCAUCCGCUCUGCAAUCCAGCAGAGGUACCGUCUGCUGCCGUUCUGGUACACUCUGUUCCACCGCGCUCAUACCUGUGGUCUGCCGCCGGUCAGACCUCUGUGGAUAGAGUUCCCAACGGAGGAGAGCACCUUCACCGUAGAUGACCGCUACAUGAUUGGCGGAGCUUUGCUUGCCUGUCCAGUGACAGAACCAGGCAUUCAGGAGGUCCAAGUCUCCCUUCCUGGACCUGAAGAGGUCUGGUAUGACAUCCACUCCAAAAAGGUGUACGGAGGAGGCGGGACUCUGCGUCUGCCAGUCACUCUGGACUCUGUCCCGGUGUUCCAGCGCGGGGGCUCUGUGAUCUGUAGGUCGGUGGGCUCUGGGACCUGUACUGCCGACUUCCAGCUUCUGCCUCUGGACAUCACUGUAGCCAUAAACUCUCAGGGCGGGGCGGAGGGGGAGCUGUACCUGGACGACGGCCACUCCUUCUGUUUCCGGGACAGGAAGGCCUUCAGCCUGCGUGGGUUCAGCAUGCAGGCAGGACGUUUGCUGUGCAGGGCUGCCAGUAGAGAGGGAUCCUUCCACUGUGGGACGGUGGUGCAGUCUGUCACCGUUCUGGGGAUGAAGAAGCCGCCAUCUUCUGUGACUCUAUAUGUACCAGGUGAGGAGGACAGAUCGGCUUCCUUUGAAUUUGUGGAGGCUUGUGGCGUGCUGACAGUCCACAACCUGGAGCUCCGCGUCACCGCAGACUGGGAGAUCCACAUAUGUUAAGUGACCCAUUUGAUUUCCAUGUGAGAAGAAUAUGGAGCAGUUUGUGUGGAUUAAAAAAAAACCAUAACCAAA